AUGGUCGCCAACCGCGACGAGGCGCAGCGAGCCCUCGCCAUCGCACGGGGGAAACUCGAGGCGGGACAGUACGACUCGGCAAUCAGGUUCGCAAAGAAGAGCAUCGCGCUCGAGGCGAGUCCCGAGGCUGCCGCACUCCUCGCCAAGGCGGAGCAGCUCCAGCGCGGCGGCGGGUCGGGGAACGGGACUGCCGCCUCAGGGUCAUCCACCGCGUCGACAUCCGCAACUUCGGCCGGUCAGACGAGCGGGUCGACAUCGCAGCGGGCUGGAAAGGCCAAGGCGGAGACUUCGGGCGCGGCAGCAGGUGAUGGCGGCGGAGGCGAGUACACCUCGGCGCAGUUGGCGAUGGUGAAGCGGGUCAAGGCGUGUCGGGUGACGGCAUACUACGAGAUUCUAGAGCUGGAGAAGAGCUGCUCGGACGGUCAGAUCAAGAAGGCGUAUCGAAAGCUCGCUCUCGGCCUGCAUCCAGACAAGAACCUCGCGCCCGGCGCCGAAGAAGCCUUCAAGAUGGUGUCGAAGGCCUUUCAAGUACUAAGCGACUCGAACAAGCGAGCAAUCUACGACCAGACAGGCGGAGACCCCGAUUCUCGCGGCGGCGGCGGAGGCGGAGGAGGCGGUGGAUUCGCGCGAGGACCGUCAGCAGCAGGCUUCCAAGGCGGCGGGUUCGGCGGCGAGGAGAUCUCGCCCGAAGACUUGUUCCGGAUGUUCUUCGGACAGGGAGGCGGAGGGUUCGGCGGGUCGCCUUUCGGAGGAGGACCGUUCGGCGGCGGACCGUUCGGCGGGACGAGCUUCCAGUUUUACGGGCCCGGAGGCGUACGGAUGGGCUCGAUGGGCGGUGGGAUGCCUCGAAGAGCCGGCGGUCAAGGCCAGCAACAAACCCCGACUUCGAUGUGGCUCCAAAUCGCCCCUCUCCUCUUCCUCUUCGCCUUCUCGCUCCUCUCCCAGCUCCCCUCGUUCUUCGGCUCGUCGACACCCGCUCCCCCCAACUUCAGCUUCGACAAGACGAACCACUUCUCCGUUCCUCGAUCGACCGCAAGCGGCGUCAAGUACUACGUCUCGCCGGACCAAUUCGCCCAACAUCCGCUCUACGAAUCGUUCCUCUCAGCCAACCCCUCCCUCGGCUUCACUUCGUCACAUCAGCCUGGCUCAGCGCAGUACAGACGGGAUCUGGUCGACCACUUGCGACGGUCGAGCGCGACGGCGGAACCUGUUGCGGAGGGAGGCGGUGCGUCGAAGGAGAAGGAGAAGAAAAGCAAGCCUGUCAAGCUUCCGCACGACAUGCUCAGCUUUGAGCGGACGGUCGAGCGGUCGUGGGUGAACAGGCUGCAGACGUAUUGCCGACUCGAGCACCUCGCUCACGACUACAACGGCUGCUCGCAGCUGAACGACCGGAACGACCAACUGGAACGCGCAAGAGGCUUCCUCGGAUUUGGAACGGACCAUGACCGUAUAGCGAAGAUCCUCGCUCAGAAGCUUCCGCACUGCGAAGAGCUGAGCAAGGUCCCUGGACACGGACCCGUGUAUUAG